GGUGUGGAUGUAAGCAAAGAUGUUUAAAAAAAAAGAAAAAAAAAGCCGUUUUUCUGAAAAAACUCUGCAGUGUAGACAUACCCUGGAUCUGUUAGAAAUAUAUAUUGAAUAGCAUUGGACUGAGAACAGAUCCCUGCAGGACCCUACUAGAGAUAUGUAUAAUUUAGACAGAUUUUAAUUAAUUUAAUAUGACCUGCAUUGUUUGGCAUGGUGUUAAAAGAUUUAUUCAGAACACCCAGAAGGGCUAAAUCCAUCUUUAGACUUAUGGAAAUCUCAAAAGUAACUUGACACGGUCCAUUCUCACCCAAACUGGAAGUGAAUUUGAGGGAAGAGAUGCAGCAGUUAUGGUGAAAGUUAAAGCACUUCAAGCGCAAAGGUUAUUUUGUUUUGGAUAAAUGAAAACUUUUCAUAAUACCCUUGUCUAUUAAAACCCAUCUGCCUUUAUUGCCCUGUGCUUAUUUAGCUGAACACAAAGGGUAAUGCCAAAGGUCUUUUGGCAUGAUUUUUUUCCUUUCAUUCCCAGCCCUGUGAUUCUUCUAUGGCCAACUGGCCAGUUGAACACAAACUGCCUGAACUUGGUCUUAAAAAUGGAAGUCACUAAAACAAUUAUAGCUGUGAUAGAAAUGGAUAAUCACAUUGCUUUGUCAAUUGACUAUAAAAUAGAAGGUGAAUGAGGUAAUAUCUUUGUACCCAAUUCCUGUUGCUGAAAGAGGCAAGCUCCCACCAUCAGAAAUCGUUCCACUAAAAGCUAUUGCCUCACCUAUCUUGUCUCUCUAAUAUCCUGAGACUGACGUAGCUACAACUACACUAUGCGAAUUAGACAGAUGCCUGUUUUCUCAGAGCUAUUUUAUAGAAGGCAGUAAGGGUUAGUUCAUUUAAAUUUGUUCUUGGAAAACUUGUUUGUGUCUCUCUCUCUCUGCUGGUGGGGAUGACCCAGCUACCAGCGGAUAACGGGCUCAUCUCUAACUCAUUCUAAUGAAGUACAUUAUCCCAUAUCAUCCUGAGAGCAACCCAACCACGACUUGGUCACGCUUUCAGCACUGGUCUUUCAGUCUGAUCUCUUUCCACUGAAGUAAGCACCAAGAGGACAGACUAGAGUGUGUAAGUGUACUUGUGUAGAAAAAAUAACGUUGUUAAGAGUCAGAAGCGAACACAAGCUAGAGGCCUAUAUGUAAGGGCUAGCAACAGUUUUAAACUCUAUUUACUCUGCACAGCAGAGGGGAAAUUGGCAAGCAGUAGACAAACAUGAUCGUCCCACCUUUAAAUUAAAGGUUACUUGCAAAGGAACUGAUUCUUUGUUAUUUCGCACCAUGUAUCAUUAUCUGCACUAAUGCAAAGUGAGUAUAAAUGGUACCAUUAUGGCCUGGAUUUUGCAUUGGUGUAAAUGAUGACCCCUGAUGCAGGGGAAUGGUGAAUUAGGACUUAAUGUCAUGAUCCUCAGCCCAUGGAAGUAGGAAUGCAUGGGUCAGUCUUCCUGAACUGGCAACAGAGUGACUUGUCAGUCUUGUGAAAAGCUGUGUUCACUAUUAGUAGGCUUUCUAUCUCUGACCUCCUUCUCAAUCCCCCGUGGUUCUUGUUACCCUGGAACUGCCUGGCCCACUCUGCUUUCCUAGGCUUUUGGGAAGAACAAUUAGCAAUGUGCACUUGCCUCUUUCCAAGCACUAGCAGGAGACCUGGGUGCUGCCUUGGGUACUGAUAGCAGCAGGACUGUGGCAGUUGACCAGGGCAUCUGGCACUGGCUUCCUUCAUGGCGGCCUGGCACGGUGACUUUCGGCUGGCUGCCCAUUUCCACUUCUGAGUUGCCUCCAACUGCCAUAGAAUCUUCUGGCCCCUCAUCCGGCCUCUGACAUCGCUGUCUCCCAGCCUGCCCCUCCCUGCCCCAUUUACAGGACUGCUGUUUGAUCUGUAUGCUCGAUACACACGCAGGUCACCAGCAAAAGGAAAACCAGCACGGCUGGUGCCACCCUUUAACAGAGCAAGAUGUUCCUGGUUGGACUGUCGGGGGGAAUUGCUUCUGGAAAAAGCACAGUGGUUGCAGUGUUCCGGGAACUGGGCUGUGCGGUGAUUGAUGCUGAUGUUAUUGCCAGACAGGUGGUUCAGCCCCACUUCUUAGCCUAUCAGCAGAUAGUGCAUUACUUUGGAAGUGAAGUCCUGUUGGAGAGCGGGGAGAUAAACCGGGAGGCGCUGGGAAACAUUAUCUUCUCCCAGCCAGAAAAACGGCAGCUGCUGAACUCCAUCACUCACCCUCAGAUCCAGAGAGAGAUGCUGAAGCAGAUCUUUAAAUACUUUGUGCUAGGCUACCGCUAUGUUAUACUGGACAUUCCUCUGCUGUUUGAGACCAACACGCUAACCAAGUUCAUGAAACACACAGUCCUCGUUUACAGUGAUCCGCAGACCCAGCUGUCACGACUGAUGAAGAGGAAUGGCCUGGCCCAGGCCGAGGCCGAGGCGCGCAUCGCUUCCCAGCUGCCACUUGAUGAGAAGUGCAAACUAGCUGACCACGUGAUUGACAACUCCGGGGACUGGGAGAGCACGCGGAGGCAGGUCCUGAGACUGCACUCACAGCUGGAGGACUCGCUGGAUUUCCUCGUGGUGCGCCUCGUGGCAGUCACAGCAGUUGCGGGAAUUGGUGGGCUGAUGUGCUUUCUCUUCAGGCAUUUUCUCUCUUAAUUCAAUUGUUAAGGGACCAAACUCUGCCUGGAAUGUCCAGGGUGGUAAAGGGUGAUGGUCAUGAGCCUUAAUGAGCUUUGCUCUCUGAAUACAGAUGACAAGAUGAGGGUCUCUUGUAAACUUCUCAAGGGGAAGCUGGGUCCCUUGGCUGCUUGCUUUUAACUUUUUAGUCCUGUUCCUAAUGAUCAGUGACUGCUGCAGGAGUGAGAGGGGUGCCUGCAUAGGUGAAGAUUCUCUGAAAUCGGUUACACGGUUCAGCUGGACGUCUAAGACCUGACCUCGUUGAAGUGCUAGCCGCCAGGGUGCAAGGAGCCUGUGUUGAUUCAACCCUGGAUGGAAUAUGGCUCCUGAAAGAGUCUCAUAGCCGUCUUGUCCAGGAGUGGGAAUUUGGACUGUGGGGUUCACUUUCCCCACUUCGGAGCAUCCUCCGCUGCCAAGAGCUGGCCCUAAAUGUUCACUUGGACUCUACACAAGCCAUCCCCCUCUGUUUCUCCUGGUUGUGAGUUAAUGAAUGUUUUCCAAGUGCCUUAAAACCCACCGAUGCAGGACACUAUAAAAUUGCAAGUGUUACUGUAAAA